AUGGAUGCAGAGGAGUGGACUGAAUCCAUUAUCAGAGGAGGGAUGUUUCUUGUGGGAAUCCUUGGAAAUAUGGCCAUCUGUUCCAUACCAGGGCCCAAGUCCCCAAUACGCACCUGUGAAGUUCUUUUCAUCAGUCUGGCGGUUUGCAGCCUCAUCACUAACUACCUGGUAGACCUUCCUGACACCACUGCAGACUUUGCGGACCGAUGGUUUCUGGGAGAAUUUUACUGUGGCAUGGUUAUGCCAACCAUUACAUUUCUCCCAGAAACCAUCAGUCCGCAGUCUGCCAUGGCCAAAUCUGUCAGAAACCAGCAGCAUCUUCUCUACCUCAUUGAUCAGUGUCAGAAGCUGGUCGGUUCUCUGGAGCGUGGAGGUGUGCCGGUGCUGCUGGACAGCCUUCGUCUGGUGGCCUGCUUGCUAGCUGGUAGAUGGACAGUGACAGUGGACUUCAGUAUCCCCUUUUUUUUUGUCACAGUGGAGGGUGUGAACGAGAGCCAUGAAGACUGUGUAGAUGAUUUCCCUCACCCAUUUGUUAGACAAACCUAUGAGGUAUCAACUGUAGCUAAUGUUAUUCCUAUUGCUAGGACAGUCUACGCCAGUGUCCAGAUUGUCAUCACUCAACUACAAAAUCAGAAACACAUACGGGGUACUUCCAGUGACCGCAUUCUUCCUCCUUCGCUAACAUUCUACUUCCUGUCUACUUCCCGCACUAACACGCUACUUCCUGUACUGAUGAGAGACCAUCUGGUCAUACUUACCCCCGCUCACCCUUCCACAGUGCAGUUAACAGGGAGAGUCCCGCCAAAUCCUGCACAACUAAGUCAGCUUCCAGCUAACUCCAAUCCAAGUUCAAGUUCACAGGUGAGGGCAGCCAAAAGUGUGGCUGCUGCUGCUGCCGUGUUCCUGGUCUGCUGGCUGACUCAUCUCCUUCUGCAUAUCACCAGCAACAUCCACACCUCGUUAGUAGUAGAGGUGGCAGGCUAUCUUGCAGCCUCCUACACCUGCAUCAUCCCUUACAUGGUCCUCCACGGAGUUAAAAAGCUUUCUUGCUCAUGCAGGGGGCAGAAACCAUCUGUGAUGUCUGUUCUGCUGUACUGUUUCAUUCUGCUGUUGAUAGGCUGCUCUGUUAAGAAAAGGAUUAUCUGCAAGGGGUGGAAACUGUAA